UACAAAUUCUCACAGUAAUACGGAAAAUUAUUCUUUUUUGAAUUUUGCAAUUAUAAAGCACGGACAGGAUUUUGUCUCCGACCAGUUGCAGGCUAUCUGUCUGCACGUGAUUUCCUGUCAGGUUUGGCAUUUCGCGUGUUCUAUUGCACUCAAUAUAUACGCCACCAGGCUGAUCCAUUUUAUACACCAGAACCUGACUGCUGCCAUGAGCUGUUGGGUCAUGUACCUAUGUUAGCUGAUCCAAAGUUUGCACGAUUUUCACAAGAGAUUGGCUUGGCUUCUUUGGGUACAAGUGACGAAGAAAUAAAGAAAUUAGCCACUUGCUACUUCUUCACCAUUGAAUUUGGUCUCUGUCGACAAGAUAACCAACUGAAAGCUUAUGGUGCCGGUUUGCUCUCAUCUGUUGCUGAACUACAGCAUGCUUUAAGUGACAAAGCUGUGAUUAAACCAUUCAUACCAAUGGAAGUUAUUAACGAAGAAUGCCUUGUUACGACUUUUCAAAACGGAUAUUUCGAAACUUCUUCGUUUGAAGAUGCAACACGUCAAAUGAGAGAAUUUGUACGCACUAUUAAGCGACCAUUCGGUGUUCAUUAUAACCCUUACACACAAAGCAUUGAAAUAAUAAAAACUCCUAAAUCAGUGGCGAAGCUCGUUCAAGAUUUACAAUUUGAACUCACUGCAAUCAACGAAAGCCUUCUUAAAAUAAAUAGAGAAAUUAAAAGUCAACAAUUCGCAACUAAUAAAAUCAUAACCGAGGACCGAUCAAGCUAGUAUUGUUCUUGAAGGAACUUCAUUUAUCAACUUAGUUAUCAGACGAAAUUACGUUUUUUCUUUAUCAUCAACAUAUUUAUUAGUCAUUUUUACUUCUGUAAUUGCUUUAUUACAAUUUAUCAUAUAUUCAUUUAUUGCUUCGCCUUGAAUUCUCUAACUAUUAGCCGUACUUCAUCCACAUAAUAUGCAACGAUUAAUGUUUUCUGCACGCUUGGUAGUAUCAA